CGGGCUCCUGUUGUUAAAGGGGGCGAGGUUAGACAGAUAACAGCCCACCCAAGCCUCCCAACACCUGGGGUCACAUUUGGACAAGGACCGCCACACUUCCCACCUCAUUUGCCGCUCCACUGGCUCAAAAUGGAUAAACUCACAAUCAUUUCAGGGUGCCUGUUUCUGGCUGCCGAUAUCUUCGCAAUAGCCAGCAUUGCAAACCCAGACUGGAUCAACACUGGCGAAUCAACAGGGGCCCUAACAGUCGGUCUAGUCCGGCAGUGUCAGACCAUACACGGACGAGAACGGACUUGUAUCCCGCCUCGGCUGCCUCCCGAGUGGGUCACCACUCUUUUCUUCAUCAUCAUGGGCAUCAUCUCACUCACGGUCACCUGUGGACUACUAGUGGCGUCACAUUGGCGUCGGGAGGCCACCAAAUAUGCCCGCUGGAUCGCCUUCACUGGCAUGAUCCUCUUCUGCAUGGCAGCGCUCAUCUUCCCAAUAGGCUUCUACAUCAACGAGGUGGGAGGUCAGCCGUACAAGCUGCCCAACAACACGGUGGUCGGCUCCUCGUACGUGCUGUUUGUCCUCUCCAUCUUCUUCACCAUAGUGGGACUGCUGUUUGCAGGGAAAGUUUGCCUUCCGGGCUGAGGACAGCACCGUGCCAGCCUCAGGACUGACAUGAGAGGCUCUGAAAAUUUAAUGGGAUUUACAAACAAGAACUGCAAAUCAAAAACAACAAACUUUGCCCCGAAGCCUAAAACCAGGGAAGACUCCACUUGUGCGUCAAGGGACCGCAGCAGCAUGGAGAACCCAACUACUAAAAGACCAAUAAGUGAACAAAACAAUAAAAUGGGACAUGAGCACAAUCGGGUGGUGAUGAGUGAGACGGAGGGCGGCCAACGCCGUGGCAGCACCCUGCUGUGGCUGAUUUCUGAUACAGCUUCCUCUGUUCUUGUUCCGCUGGAUGGGGUGCUUAAUGUGCCGCUGUCAUGGCAACUGCAGCCACAGUGCUGGCACACUUCUCGAGGGCCACUACAGCCGCUCCUCCUCUUGAUUUCCAGCCUCCCUCAGCACACGUCUGCUUCGUCACGACCGCUCCUGUUGCUAUUUAUGGCUUCUCUUUGCUAUUUUCUGUUUUCUGUUGUACAAUUUCUGAUUCCCUUCUUCCACACCCCUCCACUUCUCCACUGAAGUAGCGUUAGUGUUGGGGUUCACUGAACCGAACUCUUGAACGCGGGGGAUCUGUGGCAGUUGUCUGCCGUUCCGCGCGGCACCAGGUGUGAAUAAAGGGGUGAGCAGCUGUUUGGCCAGCUGUGGAUGAGAGGCAGAUGCAGGUGGGCUUCCUCUUUAUCUUCUCCAGCUCAGUUUUAGGAGCAGGUAGCAGCGCGGGGCGGCCUCCCCUGGCAGCAGAACGGGGGGUCCAGCACCCUUAUGGAGAUUUCCACUCAGUCUGAGAACAGAGUCAUGUUUAAACAGACAGUAACAAAGUAUUAGUGAGACAGCUCAGCUAAAGCCAUUACGCCGCUGCACUGCCUCGGACUGAAUCUAGCAAAUAAUCAUCUGUAGUAACUUCAGUCACACGCACAGCCAGCGUUGCAAAAUAAUCUCUUAAGGUUUACAUCUCUGUAGUGUUCAGAUGGAUCCUUACAGCUCUGACAGUGUUGAUUCUUCUCUUUAAAAAGGAACAAAAUGUUACAUGUGGAGCGCAGAUGACAGGUGGCGGGAUUGUCCUUGAAUUUUUAAUAGGAAAAGUGAGCCAGCGACUGUUUUUUUUAGUUUUUUUACAGUGAAGGCAGUGGGACUGCAGGUCAGGUCCAUGUACGGCACUGUGCCCCGGGAUGCUGCUCGAGAGGUCUGUGAAUGUAACACACACACACACACACACACACACACACACACAUGCACGCAUGCACGCACACACACACACAUUCUGGUUUUUACCAGGUAAUGGAAACAUUUCAAACCUUUUUUCAUAAAUCCGAGUAGGAAAUAACAAAUCCUUCUGUUUUGAUAGAGCUAACUUCAAUUGAUUGAGACAAAUAGACUUUUUUUUGUUAAAAUAAGUUUGUUAGAAAGGAUUGUCUCAUCUCAGAAUUACAAAGGUUGUCGUAACCUUUGCUUGUCCAACCGGUAACUGACACCCUUUCCUGGUCUGUGAACUCACCAGUGUGGAGCACUGAUUCACUCUCACUAUAAUAGAUCUUCCACGCAGAAGUUUUUACUUCCAAAAUCAUAACUUUUCAGAAAUGUUUUAUUAUAGUGUUUCAUGAAGAACUUAGCCUGAGUCAGCAUUGACCAUCAAAACUAGAAUUGGUGCAUCGCUGUACUAAACCGUUCCUUCACCUGCAGACCUGAAAGCAAGGAGAUCUCGUGUGAGGCCGCUCAUCUGCAGAGGUUAAAGACAGUUGUGUCAUACAGACGUUACAACAGCAGUGUCUAAAUGUGUGAAUGAAGCAAGUCAUUAUCAGAACAUUCAUGGUGGGCGAUCGUGUGUGUGUGUGUGUGUGCGUGUGUGUGUGUGUGUUAACGAUUCAUCCUGGUUUCUGAAACAAAACCAUUGCCUAAUUUUUACAUCCUGUUCUGCCUCUUGGUGCUCACUCUGGGGUAUUUCUAAUUCUAAUAAAACAUCCCUUCUUGCAAAAUGA